CACCUUCAGAUGUCCUUGUUUGUCCUCUGCGGCCGGUGGAGCGUUUCCGUGACUUGUGUCCUGAGGAAGUGGCGGAUUUGUUUUGUACGGCGCAAAGAGUUGGCAACGUGGUGGAGAAGCACUUCUGCAGCACCUCACUCACCAUUUCAGUUCAGGAUGGUCCUGAAGCCGGACAAACGGUGAAGCAUGUUCAUGUCCAUGUGCUUCCAAGGAGGGCUGGAGACUUCAGAAGGAAUGAUGAUGUCUACAAGGAGUUGCAGCGACACGACAAAGAGGAUUCCCCUGACAAGUGGAGGACAGAAGAAGAAAUGGCAGCUGAAGCAGCAAUCCUGAAGAAGUAUUUUCAGGAAAAUUAG